CGAUCCUUUUUUACCGAUCAAGAGGUACGACUAGUAACGGAGCGGCGUCUGAAAUAUAUUAGAACGGCUAAGUACUAUACUCUGAUACCCCCGGACCUAAAGAAGAAGGACGAUCUAUUAUACUAUAAAGCCGCGGGUUCGUUCCGGGGUACCUUAAAUACGUACUCAGAGGUUAUAGAUACUAUUACUAGCUUCUUUGUCCGCUAUUAUAUUUAUUUUGCAUUUUUCGGAAAGCCUAUACGGCACGGACUAGUUCCCGAUAGAGACUACCCGAUAGGGGACGCGUCGGCGAAGGCGGAAAGUUUAGGUACGCGGGCUUACUUCACGCUAGGCGACUAA